CGGGCCGGAGAUCGCCCGCGGGCUCCGCUCGGGCAGGGGAUGGGCACGGGGACACGGACCCGGGCGCGGGGGUCCCGGCGAGCCCCGGGCUGCCCUCGGCGCAGCCGACCGGCUGGCGGGGAGAGGUGCAGGCGGCGGGAAGAACGGCCGGGCCGGGCAGCGGCCCGCGCGCCCCCACGUCCCAAGAUGCCAGGGAAACGCAGUGCAAAGAACCCGGUGCCAGAAGAAGAGUCUCCUGAGAGGAAGAAGAUUAAAGUCACCCACCCAUCGCACCGCUCCCAGCCUGGGCUGGUGCUGACACUGGGCCAGGGCAAUGUUGGCCAGCUAGGCCUGGGCGAGGACAUCAUGGAGAGGAAGAAGCCAGCUCUGGUCACACUGCCAGAGAUGGUGGUGCAGGUGGAAGCUGGAGGGAUGCACACCGUGUGCCUCAGCCAGACGGGAAAGAUCUACACCUUUGGCUGCAAUGAUGAAGGUGCCCUCGGACGGGACACCUCGGCUGAGGGAUCUGAGACCUCUCCGGGGCCGGUGGAGCUGCAGGAGAAGGUGGUGCAGGUGUCGGCGGGGGACAGCCACACGGCCGCGCUAACCGAGGACGGCAGGGUCUUUGUCUGGGGCUCCUUCCGGGAUAACAAUGGAGUAAUCGGCUUGCUGGAGCCUAUGAAGACAAGCUCCAUUCCUUUGCUGCUCCAGCUCGACGUGCCUGUUGUUAAAAUAGUUUCAGGGAAUGACCACUUGGUGAUGUUGACAGUGGAUGGUGACCUGUUCACAUGUGGUUGUGGCGAACAGGGCCAGCUGGGCAGAGUGCCAGCACUCUUUGCCAACCGUGGAGGACGGAAGGGGCUACAGCGGCUGCUGGUCCCCCAGCUUGUCCCUGUCAGAGGCAAAGGGAGAAGAGGCAAAACGCGCUUCCAGGAUGCUUUCUGCGGGGCGUAUUUCACCUUUGCUGUCACGCGUGAGGGACACAUCUAUGGAUUUGGCCUCUCCAACUACCACCAGCUGGGGACCCAGGACACGGAGCCGUGCUUCUCCCCACAGAAUCUCACAUGCUUCAAGAACUCAACCAAGUCUUGGGUUGGGUUCUCUGGCGGGCAGCACCACACGGUCUGCGUUGACUCCGAGGGUAAAGCCUACAGCCUGGGCAGGGCAGAGUACGGCCGGCUGGGUCUUGGGAUGGGGGCAGAAGAGAAGAGUACACCCACAGUUAUCCCGGAGCUCCCCAGCAUCACCUCAGUGGCUUGUGGGGCAUCAGUUGGCUAUGCUGUCAGCAGUGAUGGACGAGCAUUUGCCUGGGGAAUGGGCACCAACUACCAGCUGGGCACCGGGGAGGAGGACGAUGUCUGGAGCCCCGUGGAGAUGACCGGGAAGCAGCUGGAAAACCGGCGAGUGCUGGCUGUGUCUAGCGGUGGGCAGCACACCGUGCUGCUGGUCAGGGACAAGGAGCAGAGCUGAUGAAGUGACACCACAGCUGAGCCCCGUGGGAUCAUGGCACCCCCAGACCUCCCACAACUUCUGCCUGGGUUGGGAGCUGAUUUUUCUGGGAAGGGCAGCAGGCUUACGGAGCUGGGCCCGGAGGUGCCUGUGUGGCUGGAACACGGUUGCCCACAGGUUCUCCCUGCAAGCGUGUGUCUGCUUUCUUGUGGUGCCCAGUGCUCUGACAGCUCCCCGGGCCAGCUUGGUCCUAAACUGAUCCCAGUUCUGUGCCUGGAUGGAUUUCUACUUGUCUGGUUUCUUAACAUUUCCUGGCCCGGCAAAGCCAAGGGUCUUGUCCUUUACUCCGCAAUCAGGUUUGGGUAUCAGUCUCCCUGAGGUCCCCAUGUUCCCCACAUCUCGAUGCUUCUCUACCCUGUUCACCUAAACAUGUCUGUCCUGGAUUUGUCUGCUGCCACCCACUAAACCCCUCUGAGCUCAUUUGAGGGGGUAUCUCAGUCCAACAGGAAUGUUUCCAGGGAGCUCUGUCCUCUUAUCCAGCACUUCUGGCUGCUGUGGGGAGAUUCUGCCUGACAAGGGAGAAUGCUGCUGGGUGAUGCCUGGCACACUGAGUGCUGGAAAAGGAAAGGGGGACUCCUUCCUCCCAUCCCUCAAGUAUCUGAGCUGAAUCCCUCCCAGGCAGUGAGGCCAGGAGCAGGUUCCCUGCCCUCUGUGGCCUGGAGCAGCCACCUCCACCACUGCUCUUUUGCGGUCCUGGUUAUUCCUUCUUUCCCAUUGCUUUUGAAAACCCAACCAAAUUCAUCCUGCAGGUGGGAACACUUACUUUAAUUUUUUCUCUUUUACUUGCUGAGGAAGGAGCUUCAUUUACUGUUAGGGCUUUGCUGAGCAGRCACCCAGACCCCAGCUAUGAAUGGAGUCACUGGAAACAAGAGGACUUUUCACCAUCGCCUCUGAUCCAACUGGGCUCCCUGCGCCCAGCCUGUCCCAUCCUCUCCUUCCAUCAGGUGCCUUCCUGGUACCUGGAGUGAGGAGGGGUCUGCAAAGACCUAAAUUAUAGCGAUAGGAGGGGGUGGGUUGUGGCUGGGGAGGGAGUCUGGGAUUAUACAGUGGUGCAGAAGGGGUUGGAUUUUUUAAAAAAAAUGUAUUUUGGUUGAUUAAUCAAGGCAGAAAGGACAAAAAACUCAUCUUUUAACAUUUGGAAUAAACCGAGUUUUGAUAAACCCAGGC